CCAGUCAUAGGCGCACCACCGCAUUCGACCCGCUACACCAGCGACCACUAAGGCUAGCUUCGCAAUCUGCCAUGGGGAGAACGCGAGCGAUGUGCUGCCUCAUGCCGUCCAAGCCCUCCGGCGACACCCGCCGCCGCAGCAGCGCGGCGUGCAUCUGCUGCAUCGGCCCCCACCACCGCCCGUCCGGGGGCAGCACCCUCGCUCCCGUCGACGCCGAGAACAGCGUGAUGACGCCCCUCACCAGCUGCUGCGGCACCGGCGGCGCGGGGAACGUCGUCCGCGCCGGCCGCAGCGGCACGCGCACGCCCAGGACACCCAAGACGCCGUGCACGCCCAGCGCGAGGCGCCUCUGCGGCGUCCGCUCCAGGACCCCGCGCCGCACGCAGCAGGCCCGCCGCUUCGCUGCGCCGGAGACGGCACCCGCGGCGGCUGUUUCCCCUGCUCCCGCGCGGACGCCGCGUACCCCUUCGACGCCCAUCGGCCGGACCCAGCGCGUGUGCUGCAUUACCAGCGGCGGUGCCCCCGCGCAGGGUAGGGCGAAGACGACGAGCGGCACCACGCGGCGCAGCACUCUCAGCUCCGCGAGCAAGGCGGUGGCGCAGACGACGCCGCGCAAUGCCGCGCACGCGGUCGCCGCCACCGUCCGCGACACGACUACCACUACCCCACUUCCCCGUGCAAACGGCGGAGACGUCGCCAAGGCCUACACCCCGCCCCUCGAGGUCGUCAAGGCCGCCGCCAAGGAACCGGCAAGGGAAGAGGAGUCGGUCUGCUCCAAUGAGGAGUACGCGCUGCUGUGCAGGGAGGGGUUCGCCCGGGAGGACGUCGCCGCCGUCACCAUCCAGGCCUACUUCAGAGCCCACCUGGCGCGGCGGGCGUUCAAGGCGCUGAAGAGCUUGGUGAGGCUGCAGGCGGUGGCGCGGGGCGCGUACGUGCGGCGGCAGGCCGAGGUGGCGGUGAGCUGCAUGCAGGCCAUGGCGAGGCUGCAGGCGCGGGUGCGCGCCAGGCAGACGACGCUCGGCAAGCCCAAGCCCAAGCCCGAGGACAACGACGGCGACAAGCUCCUGCUGCAGAGCUGAUCGAUCAAUGUCGUGUACUCGUGUGCAGCACUGCAGCACCAACACCUGGCUUGAAAUAAAUAUGGAAUUUGAUCUGGGUCUCGUGCAAGGCGCGCACGCACGAGCCAAGUCGAAGUUGUUUGAUUCGCAAAAAAAAAGUGUCGAAGUUGUUUCUCUUUUAUGUUUGUUGUCGACUGGGUCUAUCUGUUUCUCUAAGUUUCGUUUCAAUCUUUCGUGGUCGUUCGUGUCGUGUUUUUGGGUCACCUCACCCAAGGAGAAAAUGUCAAGCAUUUUGUAACGAACCUUGUGUUUUUUGGGUUUGCUACUACUGUCUGUCUGAA